AUGUUCUGUCAAGCCCAUGAUUGUUGCAAUCUCGAUAAAUUGUUGAAGAAAACGCAUAAGGUCUUUACCUCCAUGUUCUCCAGAAAAUUAGUUGCGUUUCUCGUUGUUGGAGAGCUGCUGGAUUGCCAGCGACAUGAUUCAGAAGUUGUUGAUUUGCGUUUAUUUGAUUAUCAAUAUGGUUAUCUAUUGCUAUUGGUAGGCUGUGGUGAAGUUGAACUAAACGAAACAGAAUCAAUAGAUCCAAGAGAUCCGCAGAGUUCCGAAGAUGAUUUUCCAGUUGAAGGGGCAGAGGUUGGACGUUGUAUUGGACUAGCUGGUCUAGAUUCUUCUCGUACACGUCCAACUUUGUGA